ACACACACACACACGCCUUCUCCCUCUCAUGGGUAACUACAUCACAUAUCGACCCUUUGAUGCCACCAUCAGAAAAGUCAUUCUAUCAGACGGCACUGUGCAUGAGUUUGACUAUCCUGUCACUGUAGCAGAGCUGAUGCUAGAGCACCCACAAGAAGUUGUAGUUGAGUUGCACUCGGCCGUCACUGGUAAGAGGCCAAAGCCGUUGCCUGCUGACAAGAAAUUGGAUGUAAAGAAGGUUUACUUAAUGCUCCCCAUCAAGCGAGGCAAGCCAGCUUCGUUAACUUCAGACGAAGCUCGUCAGGUUCUUUUGAGUGCGAAUUCAGUGUUAAGAUCGCAGUCCCUUUUAUUGUCAUCGAAGUUUCUUCCUUUGUUUGCUAAGAUAUGUCCUGCAGCUACUGGAGAGGCACAAAAGUUUAUUAAGUUGCAGAAGAAGGAAAGCUCGGAGGAGAGACCAGUGGAGCUCAACAUUGUAUCGGAGCUUUUGCCGGAAAGUUUGGACGGGAGGCCAGAGUAUUUGAAUAGAACACUUUCGGGAAAGGCGUGGAAGCCUAGCCUGGAUACAAUUAAGGAGAAAAAGGUUGAGAAGAAGGUUCCCCACUGGUUGUUUCACAAAGGUUUUAUUGUAUCUAAUUAAUUUUU